AUGUUCAGUGGAGCACAGGCCAAGGGCCAGGUCACGUUCUCGUAUCUUCCCAAUUGGGAUAUUCUGACCUCUUCUCUCUUCUCUGCCUUUCUUCAACCCUCGAUAUCAGUCAACAUCUCCCGUCCCCUUCGCCUCCAGCGCGAGGAACCAGGCGUGCGUGUCGGUGCAAAUGUCGACCUGUCAGCUACUAGUGCGAUGCUAAACUCGAAGUGGCCAAUGGGCCCUCCACUCGCCCGCUCGCUACUCGCCAACUCUGCUGCAGCUUCAUCUCCCAUCCCUCCUAUCCCGGCAGGCCAACUGCAAGCUAGCCAGUCUCAAGGUCAAGCCCCAGACCUCAAGCCUCAAGCCGCAAGCCGCCCAACCCGCCCGCCGGCCAGCGACGCCCGACGACGAGACUUCUUCAGGAUGGAUAGGGAGAGCCCUGGCCGUGAUAGAGACCGUGAUCCCAACGGCGAGUACUUCUACUCGCGCCAUCAUCCCUCUGGCUUCGCCCUCCCCGCUUCCACUCCGGCCGCCGUUGACGACCACGACCAGGCCAUUCUCAGUCCAGGCCCGGGGCAAGGUGCAACUGCAACGGCAAGCUCCAUUUCCAACCGUGAAGACAAUUCACAGCUAAACCUCAACCUCCUUGCCCGAGUAGGCCCAACUACACCUGGCGUCGGUCCCAAUCUCAACCUCAUCAGACCGUCACCACAUUACUCCCCUUCGCCAGCAGCUUCUCCAUCCACGUAUCCCUCAUGGCCCGGCAGUGCUGCCGCCAGCCAUUCUCUCGGAGGUAGCAGCAGCAGCAGCGGUGGUAGUGGUGGUACGGAAGCAGCCACGACAGCAAUCACAGGCAGCACAGGCAUAAUGGGUGAAAGAGAGAACAGCAAUCUUCCUAUGCGCCCGCAGAGGCCCCUAGGACCUGCCAGAACCCCUUCGAACACUUACGCGCCCCCACGACGGCCUAAUCAGUUUAUCACCGCGCACUCGACCAGCCAACUCCCGCUCUCUUCAAAGCGGACACCCCGCCGUGACCGUGACCGAGACCCCAACGCGCAGUACCAAGCUCAGGAGAAGGCCUACGUCCAGAGAGUACGGCAGGGCCCCCCGCACGAGUGGUUCAAUACUUCUCCUCAGAUGUCAUCGGCUUCGGCCGCGGCAGCCAUGGAUCUCGAGUCUGAUGUGGGCGAGGAGUCGCCAUCAUCAGAGGCCCAGUUCGAUAAUGAUACCUUUGAUCCAGACCUGCGUAUGGCUCUGGAAGAGGAAGACCUACAACCCACGUUUGAGGAACUGCAGGACCCUAGAGUACGAGAGAGGCUGGAGUGGCAUUCCAUGCUGGCCUCGGUACUCAAGGGCGAUGUCGUGAGACAGGAAAAGCAACGUCUCAUCGGUACCAUGGAGCAGAAAAGUAAAGAGGUACUGGGCGGUGAGAUCUGGAUGGGCGUCAGAGCUCGUUCGUUCGGACGCACCGUCGCGACCCAGACUAGGAUUAUCGAGGAGGAGAGAAAAACCAUUGGUCCCAUGCUAGAAGAUAUUAUCAACUUCAAGAUCAAGGGCCAGGCAGAAAUUGGGAAACCCCCUCUUCAACAGGUCGAGGAUAUCGUUGAGAAGAUUGAAAAGGUUGAAAGCCUAUUCGCCUCGCGUCGACAGCUCAAGCUCGCCAACUCCCGCGCAGCCUCGGAGGAGUUCUAUCAAUCUUGCGAUGCCAUCAUCUCAUGGCACAAUACCACCAAGCUUAUCAACACACAGCUCUCUAUCUUACAGAAAUGGGUAGGCAACGAAGAACUGGACUUCACAAAACCCAUCGUCAACACCUCAUACGCCUCGGAAUUGUCUGAUGAAGGAUCGUUCCUCGAUCGCAUCAUGAAAGAAGACGGCCUCAAGACACUACAAGGUGGCGACCAGAUGCUUGAUGGGGUAGGCAAAGUGAUCAAAAAGGCCAAAAACACUCUCAUCGAUAACGCAGAUUCCUUUGCCCAGCGUCACUUACCCCCGUACAUCGAGGAACUACUCACCUUGAUCAACUUCCCUUCUCGCCUCAUCCAAGAAGUCACCCGCAUCCGCCUCUCGUACGCCAAAAAGAUGAAAGAUCCAGGUCAACAGUCUCCUAUCCUCCUGGACCAGAUGAUCGUCCAGUUCCAGAUCCUUAUGAAAGUAGCCACCGAAAUCAAGCUCCGAUACCUCAUCAUCUCAGACCCUGAGCCGGGCUGGGACCUUCCUCCAUGUGUGGAUGAGAACUUCGACAUGGUCGUUUUAGAUGCGUUGAAGUAUUACUUCAAGCUACUCAAUUGGAAACUCAGCGCGAACAAGAAUACCUUCAAGGAGGCAGAAAUAUUAGAGCAGGAGUGGGAUUUCUCGAACCAGAUCGGGAGACAGCUUGACGGUGGCGAUAUCGAGGUUGCCGAACAGUUUAGUACCCUGACCGCUAAGGCUCUGCAGCGACUCAUGCUGCAUUUCGAACGUGAGCUCCUUACUAAGCCCCAAGAGGACGCCAUGGAGAGCGAGAAACAAUACAAAAAUAUCCUCGACUCCGUUCGGGUUCGACAGCGAAAACUCUUCCGCUUCUCUCGCUUCCUUCGCCAACGUUUCGAAAAUGCCACUGAGUUCAAUCUACGCAAUGACAGUAUAGAUACCUUCACCGAAGCGCUGCUAGCAUCAGGCCAUUUCCUCGUUGUGUCUACGGACUCUGUGGGCCAGAAAGGUGUAUCGCUUCUCGCUUCACCAUCUCUGUUUGACCGUCCAAAGGACAUCCAAUCCAUCCUUGGCACUUCAUUCCUCGCCGAAGAUGCCCCCGAAAAUUUAUCAUACCCCUACAUUCUCGUCAUUCGGCCGGACAAGCCUUUCCAGUGGUCAGGGAAACGACUAGAGGUAGAUUUACUCGAACAUCCGACUGAUGUACGCAUGGGUAAACUCCGUCUAGUCGCUGAUGGAUCGCAAGAACGACUUCAAAAUGCUCGUCUGGCACUUUCCAGGUCCACUGGACUAGAAUUCGAUGUCACUAUCGAACAACGUGCGAACUUGGGACGUGUCAACGUCGAACUCAACAAGAUCAAGAAAACGGCAUUUAAAUUGUCAAACACCAUUAUCGACAGUGUAGAGAUCAUCAGAAGCCAGGGCACAGAUAGACAAAACCUCGAGCUCAUCCAAUCUUGUUUCGCAUUCGCCACAGAAUUCGGCAAACGAUCAUUAAUGUACAUGGAUCCUAACCACCGAUCGAUGAACCAUGGCAAACUUGUCAAGCUAGGUCUCGAUUGGAUCUCCUUCAUCUGCGACGACUGUGAUGCUGCAGAUCGCAAGACCUUUAAAUGGGCCGUGUCUGCCCUCGAGUUUGCCAUGAUCAUUACUCAUGGCCAUUCUGUCAUUGCCAUGAGCGACGAGGAGUACGACCUGCUCCGUGUCAAGGUUGCCGGCUGCAUGGCGUUGUUAAUUUCCCAUUUCGAUAUUAUGGGUGCCAGAUCCACUUUGGCUGCAAAGGCUGAAAAGCAACGCACGGAUGCCACUGGAAGCUACAGGAAUUUGGAUUGCAGUGGUGUUGCAAGUGACGAAGUGGCGUUAGCACAGGUACGAGAGCAACGACUGCUGCAUCUGUCCGAUAUAGAGGUUUUUAGGGCAGAGGAAGAUUCCAAGCGACAACCGCUUGGAAAGGUGCUGGAAGGAGUCAACGAAGCCGACCGCUCGCUUACAGUGCUCUCCUCAUCGGCUACAAACAUCAACUUACGCUGGCAGCAAGGUCAAUUUAUUGGUGGCGGAACAUCAGGAUCCGUCUACGCCGCCAUCGACCUGGAUACCAGCUACCUGAUGGCCGUCAAAGAAAUUCGUCUCCAGGAACCGUCUGUCAUCCCUGGCGCCGCUCAACAGAUCAGAGACGAGAUGGGUGUCCUCGAAGUCCUCGAUCACCCCAAUAUUGUCUCGUAUCACGGCAUCGAAGUCCACCGGGACAAAGUCUACAUCUUCAUGGAAUACUGUUCUGGUGGUUCUCUUGCCACCCUCCUCGAGCAUGGCCGCAUCGAAGACGAAACCGUCAUCAUGGUCUACACCCUCCAAAUGCUCGAGGGUCUCGCCUACCUCCACCAAGCUGGCAUCGUCCAUCGCGAUAUCAAACCCGCCAACAUCCUCCUCGACCAUAACGGAGUCAUCAAAUACGUCGACUUCGGCGCCGCUAUGGUCAUUGCUAGACAAGGCAAGACCCUCGCUGCCAUGGACCACUACAAGGAUCCUGCAGUCGCCAACAAGGACCAACGCAAGAACCAGAAAUCUGUCACCGGUACGCCAAUGUAUAUGUCUCCCGAACUCGUAAGGGGAGAAACAAGCCACACCUCCUCCCGUCAUGGGUCAAUGGACAUUUGGUCCUUAGGUUGUGUCAUUCUCGAAAUGGCAACGGGAAUGCGACCCUGGGCUGGCGUUGAUAAUGAAUGGGCGAUAAUGUACAAGAUCGCACAAGGCAAUCAACCCCAUCUCCCGAGCAAAGGUGAACUAUCCGAUCUCGGAAUUGACUUCAUCAGACAAUGUUUCGAACCAGAUCCAGCCAAACGGCCAAGUGCCGCUGAACUAUUACAACAUGAAUGGAUGGUUUGCAUUAGGAAGCAGGUUGUCGCUGAACCGCAAACUCCAAGCAGCGAGGGGAGCGCCUAUACUCCUAGCCUAGUCGGCACCCGGCAGAACUCAAGCCAAUUUUGA